AAAACAGGGAAAGUACGACGUGUGUUUUUAUUGUUGAUCACACAACAUAACAUGAUACAUUGAGACGUUAAAGUCGGUAAACUUAUGUAUUUAAUUUGUCAUGGGGACAAGCGAGAGUAAAGCUAAACCGGUUGAAGUUCCAAACGAAAAGGAAUCAACAACACCGAUACUUGAAUCUGCGGAGGCUACAUGUGAGGACUAUAAUUUCAACACCACAGGGUGUAAUAUCACGAUACAGGGAAAGUUACUGUUGGUUUUGGAUUCCAUCAACUCGACUUUAAGAAAUUACUUUUCAUGUUUUUGUGAAGUUGUCCAUGCACGACUCAAUAAUACCAAUGUGACUACCGAAAUACUGGCUGGAAGAAACAAAACCUUAUGUAGCAAUCUGGAUUACCAUUCAAAUGUAGACGAAGUCCUUCUUCAAGAAAAACUGAUGAAUCUUACAGACUAUGAAGAACUGGACAAAUACGCAGGCAUGGCGGUAAUACUAACGGAUCGCGGAUUCACCUCCAAAAACAUUUCAGCAUUGUCUGACGGGAAAGAACCGUUUGUGUACUUUGUUAAUGUUGGCGAAAAUGAAAGUCAGAAUGGUUCCUGCUAUCGUCAGUAUAGAUAUGUAGAUGAUAUGACAGAGAUUAAUGAAAUUGGACUAGAACUGGAAUCAAUAGCGUGUUAUCCCAGCAGUGUUUACAUGAACAAUAGCUGUAUGCAAGAAAAACCAAGUUCUUCCACUCCAUCUUUGGCAGUUGUUCAAGUAGCUAGUUUGCCAUUGAUUAUUUCAAUUACUGUGGUGAUUGCUUUGAUCAUGGUUGUUUUCAUCAUCUUGUUCUUCAUCAAAAAACGAAAAAUACAAGAAACGUGCAACAAGAACACACCUUUAGAUGAUUCUGCUAAAGACAGCCGGUUUGAGGCUCUGGAUGGUCCCGGGAAAGGUGCCAUGCCUACAAAUGAUAUAUACAAUGAACUUAGAGAAAACGAAAAAAGGACAUAUGACGAUGAAAAUCAGCAGAACUAUCAUCAUUUGGAUUUAAAUUUUGUAAAAGGAGAUUCUGACCCUUCAAUGUAUGAUCACGUGACUGAGAAAGCUGAUCAUAACGAGGUGUUUAUAUCAUCUGGCUGAAACUUCGUUUCUUAUUAUGUAUUAUCCACACUUCCUACACAGUAGCAACAAUAAAAAACAAAUAAUCUCUAGUGUAUUUCCACUCAUUUCACAAAAAUUCAUGCCAAACAAAUAUUGAUCAAACUAAAGUACCUGACAGUGCAUAUGAAAUGCUAAUCCCAAAGUCCUCCUACUACUAUUUGUAAUUCAUGUCUGAUUUUAUAAAAUAUUUUCUCAAUUAAAUAAAAAAUUGACCUAACUUAGAUCUGAAAUCAUAAUUUUUUAUACUUUAGAAUUGAUCUUUACUCUGUAUUUUUUAAGAAUAAAAAAAAUAUUGUGAAAAUCAGUUUAAAUACUUUUGGGAACAAUAACAAUAAUUGUUGAUACUAUUUAAUCUGCAAAUGAUGUGUAAUAUUUUGUAGUAACACUGUUUAAUUUUGUUUUUUCCAAUGAAUUGGUUUUUAAAGUAUAUUUUAAAUUUCAGUUAU